AUGGCGCUGCACGCGCUGUACGAAAUUAUCAAGCGCCACAAAGAGGAACGCACGCCCGUGUUGUUGAUAUCCCUAGACUUCCGGGGUGCGUUUGACAGUGUCUGGCACCCUCUGGUCCUUAAGUAUUUCAGAGACCGCAGCUGCCCGGACAACUUGGUCGGGCUGCUAGGUUCUUUCCUCGAGGGCCGCACGGUCGAAUACACGUCGCGCGCCGCUUCGGUCUCUGCGGAAGCGUCGCUAGGCAGCCCGCAGGGGUCGCCCCUCUCCCUGCUCCUGUGGAACGUGGUGGUCGACGGGCUGCUGCGGCUGCCGAUGCCGCCCGGGGUGCGCAUAGAGGCGUACGCUGACGACAGGGUGGUCCUCGUGCCGGGAAAGAACAGGGCACAAGUCAUGGAGGCCGCGGCGGACGCGAUACGCCGCAUAGAAGCGUGGACGGCCGAAUGUAAGCUCGACUUCAACCGCGACAAGACCUUCUGCGUCCUCUUUUCCUUCGGGAAGGGGGGCAUGGAGAAGAGCCAUCCUACCAUCAGGCUGAAGGGCAGCACGAGGGGGCUCCCUUUUCGCUCCUCCGUUAAGCUCCUGGGCGUGGUGGUCGAUAGGCGCCUGUCCUUUUUCGAGCACGCGGAGCACUUGCAGCGGAAGGCGGAGAUGUUGGCCAUGAAGUCACUGACGUUCGUGCGCGUGCACACGACCGUCGACUCAACGAUGCGGCGCCGCCUGUACAGACAGGUGCUCCUGCCAGCGGUGGCGUUCGCGUCCCCGAUAUGGUGGUCGCAGUCACCGGACUGCAGGCUAAAGGCCCGCAUGAUCACCGUGCAGCGCACCAUGCUGCUAGCGGUCACGGGCGCCUACCGUACGACAAAGACGGCCGCGCUGCAGGUGCUCGCUAACCAGCCGCCCAUCGGGCUGGAGCUCGACAGGCUUAACGCGGAAUUCGAGCUGUUCCGCAUGCGACGAACGGUCACGUUCGGAGCACACACCUUCGCGCCGGACGAGACAUUAUACCCUCACGAUGCCUGGAGCGCGCACCCGCCGGAGGCGCGGGGGUUCCCCUUCGAGUGGCUCGGCGUGUCGGAGGCCAACGAGCGGUCGUCCGAACCGGGUACACACGUGUACACGGACGGUUCAUACACGUCGGCGUCCGCGGUCUCGGCGGUAGUGGUCCUGAAGCCGCGGGGCUCUAUCGUCGCGGUACGGAAAUUUCGCCUCUCGGUUCCCUCGAGCGCAUACUGCGCUGAGGUGGUUGCGCUGAGCGAGGCCCUCAACUACUUAGAGACACACGAGUGGGCCCCGCCGGUUUGUAUAUACGCGGACAGUCUAUCGCUGCUCGUCGCGAUAUCCCAAGUAACAACCAGGGACUUGCGGAUCGCGAGCAUUAAGGACGCCUUAUACAGGCUUCAAAGACGACGCGCCGUGUUUCACGUGCCCGCCCACCGGGGCAUUUUCGGGAACGAGUUGGCCGACAUGGCGGCGGGCGCCGCGGCGACGUCGGGUGCGGACCGGAGGUCGCACCGGUCGUUCAGGAUGGUGCGAGCCGCGUUUUCGGCGACGGUGCGCGCGCGCUGGGCCGUGGAGUGGCGAGCAGAACACUCCGACACCGAGUUAUACAAGUGGGUGCCGGACGUCACGAACAUACCCCGUGACUUCCCGCCGCCUCGGCGGUGGGCGUGCCUGAUGACCGCCCACGGCCGGUUCCCGUACUAUUUCCAUCGUUUCCGCAUAUCACAGGACAUGCCCUGCCCCUGCGGGGCGACCUGCCGGGACACGCAGCAUUAUUUCGACAGCUGCGCGCUAACGGCCGCUAUCGUAGAGAGGAUUAGGGCGUCCGGGGGCGCCACGACGCCGCGUGAUUACCCGCGUCUGCUUAAGAACCGCACGGCUUGCGCGCUGCUCGCAGUGAUGGUGGGUUUAAUCAGCGACCGAAUGCCCGACCAAGGCGGGGUCGGGACGGUGCCGGACGCGUGGUAG